AUGUGGCUUUUCGAGUUAUCCUUAACAGAAAGAGGGGUAACUGGAUAUGCAAAUAUUUUUUUUCCAUUUCAUUCACACUCGUUAGCAAGUGGUCGUCAUAAGCAGUAUCUAUGGUCAAAUAGAGUGGUAUCACUUGGUUGUCUUCAGAAGGCAAAAUGUAUGAAGAAAUCUGGCAUUAGAACAUGCCACAUUAUGUCAUACAUGGCAGAGCUAGUCGGCGGAUAUGAUAAGACCCCAUUUACAAUCAAAGACCUAUACAAUCGAAUGUCAUCGACUUCAAAUGUUGGCUUUAAGGGGUAUCUGGAGCACAAAGCAGAUCACGAUCCAGGUUUCUAUGAUUUAUUUGCUUAUUAUAAAGGCAAGAGAUUGCUUCACUUGUUCUGGGCAGAUGCAAAAUCAAGGUCGGAUUACGAAAGAUAUGGACACGCAAUCGCCUUUAAUUCUACAUAUAAGACAAAUAGCUUUGGUAAGCCUUUGUUGAUUUGGGUUGGUAUUAAUAACCACUUUCAGACUUGUAUACUUGGUUUCACAAUCCUUGACAAUGAAUCCACUGCUAGCUACAUGUGGGCAACGAGAGCCUUCUUAGCUUGCAUGAAAGGUGUGCUACCGAUAACAAUUGUCACCGAUGGAGAUUCUGCCAUUGAAAAAACACUAAAAGAGUUGAUGCCUAAUGUCACACAUCGGCUAUGUUAUUGGGAUAUACACAACAAUGCCAUUUCUCACACAAAAGACCCAUCAUUCGGGAAGCAACUAACUAAUUUAGUGUUUAGAUAUUACACCGAGGAGGAAUUUGAAAGAAGGUGGGCAGCAUUGCUCACUCACUUUGAUGUGGAAGAUAACUCAUAUGUCGUAAGUCUUUAUAAAUCAAGAAAGAGUUGGGCAGAAACCUUCUUGAGGGGAAAUUUUUUUUGCGGAAUGACAACAACCCAAAGGAGCGAGGGUUUUAUCGCUAUCUUGAAGAAUAAGGUCAAUCAACAUAUGAAGAUGUAUGAGUUUGUUAGAGCUCUUGACAUGGCACUUUCAUGGGUACGGCAACGAGAGGCUAAAGACGAGUAUGAGUCCUUGCACACAAUCCCACAAUUAGGCAAGACAAAUUUGCACAACAUAGAGGAUGAGCUGUCGAUAAUUUACACGAGGAACAUGUUCUUCAGAGUAAGGAAGCAGAUGUCCAAAGAAGGAAACUACACCGUUGCAACUAUUGACGUAGAGGAUGAUGCAAUGAUAUUGAAGCUAGAGAAGUAUCCUCACCCAGGAACACGGAGGUCAGUCUAUGUCACAGAUGAUCGUCAAUUAUUUGCUUGUGAGUGCCAGUAUUUUCUUUCCUUUGGAAUACCUUGUCGGCAUAUUUUUGCAGCAAUUAAGCACCUGCAUAUCACACAAAUGCCUAAAUCACUAAUCCUAACACAGUGGACGAUUGACGCUACACAACUUCUCGAUGUGGAAAACGAUUCCUAUGCAAGAUAUGAAGACAGAGAUGUAGAAGAGAGAGCAAGGUUUGGUGGCAUUACUAGCAAAAUGACUGAACUCGCUUACCUGGGAUCAAGGACUCAUUAUGCAUACGAAAUAGCAAACUAUGAGAUUGAUAGAAUUUGCGCACAAUUAAGAAACAACAUCCAAAUUGGGGAAGAAGGUUCCAAGGACAAGCUUCCUUUACAUCGUCAAUCAGACUUCAACAUAUUGAAUCCUUAUUUGAGUAAGAAUAAAGGCACAGCUAAGAUGAAAGGGUCAAAUGGUGGAGUAGCCUGA